CAAGAGUUUACUAAGGUUCACCAGCUUUGUUGACAAGACCAACCCCAACAAAGGCGCAAUUGUGGGGGCACAGCUAUCUUACUUGGAGUCCCUGGGGCACUUAAACAUGGACCCUGGACAUGCAUUGCACAGUCCUGUCCAGCGAGGUCUCAGCGGACAUCAUCAGCUUCAAUACAGUCCUCAGCGCGAGUUCUUGGAGAGACGCUUUGCAGAGCUUCCAGACGCUUCAGACCACGGCCUCGCUUCGCUGCGAUGCUACCAGCAUCAACUCCUUGCUCAGCGCCUGUGAGAAGGGUUCUGCCUGGGCAGAAGCACUUUCACUGUUGGCCUGGCGACAUGCCGACGUUUUCGCGCAGAGUGCCACCAUCAGCGCGUGCAGCAAGGUCAAGCUUUGGGAAGAAGCUUUGCGCUGUGCACCGUGCCCAAAGAAGGCGAACGUGGUAACUUGCAGCGCAAGCAUCAAAGCCUGCGAAGAAGGGGGCCUGUGGCUUGAAGCUUUGCACAGCUUGGGAGAGUUGGCUGGCUAUCGCUGCGUAGGCAAUGUGUUCACGUAUUCAGCUGCCAUCUCUGCUUGUGAGAAGAGCUCAGCGUGGCCUGCGGCUUCUGGGCUCUUUCAGCAGAUGGCGUCGUGCCGCGUGCGGCCAAAUGUGGUGAGCUACGGUGCGGCGGUCAAGGCCGCCAAGGACUGGCAGCUUUCGAUCUUGAUCCUGGCUGAGAUGGUCGAGGCAGCUUUGCGGAUCAACACGGUCGUUUUCAGCGCUGUCAUCGCUGCCUGUGCUCGUGCAUCCCAGAGAAACCUGGUUCUCGCCAUGUCUUCUGAGAUGGUCACUGCAGGUGUGGCGAUGGACGCAGAGACCUGCAGCGCAAUCGUCAGUGUUCAGUUGCUUCCAAGCACCUUCACUUUGCAACUCCUUCAACGGAGCUGCGAAGCUUCCCGCGCCGCCUUUAGGGAGGAUGCUCUCAUUCACUUUCGAAGCUGAUAGAGCUUUGGGGUGGGUGUGAACUGUUCAGGGAGUCAAAUCACAUGCUAGGUGCCACC